AUGGCAAGUGAAACCUGUCCCCCUUUGAGUGUGGUUGACAGUGCAAGGCAGGCUUUUCCUACCUGCUGGAUUGGUGAAUCUCAAACCAAAUUUCCAGUGCACGUUACUGCAUCUGCCUCCCCUGGCCUCAUCGAAGUGGGUUAUGUUAGAAAAUACGCUGUGACACUCUUCUCCUUUGAUAUUUUCAUGAGCGCUACCCCAGACUAUCCUGUUGGUGUAAUCAGAUGUCCAAUAUGCCGCCAAGAAUGCAGACAGAUAGACCUGGUGGAUAACUACUUUGUAAAAGACACAUCAGAAACGCCAAGUAGCUCCGAUGAGAAAUCAGAACAGGUUUGUACAAGCUGUGAAGAUAAUGCUAGUGCUGUUGGGUUUUGUGUGGAAUGUGGGGAAUGGUUGUGCAAAACUUGCAUAGAAGCUCAUCAGCGAGUAAAAUUUACUAAAGAUCAUAUGAUCAGGAAAAAAGAGGAUGUAUCUUCAGAGGCCGUGGGAGCAUCUGGUCAACGUCCAGUUUUCUGUCCUGUCCACAAGCAGGAACAGUUAAAACUUUUCUGUGAAACAUGUGACAGGCUGACCUGCAGAGACUGUCAGCUACUGGAACACAAAGAACACAGGUAUCAAUUUCUGGAAGAAGCUUUUCAGAACCAGAAGGGUGCAAUUGAGAACUUGUUGGCCAAACUUCUUGAAAAGAAGAAUUAUGUAAAUUUUGCAGCUACCCAAGUUCAGAAUAGGAUAAAAGAAGUAAAUGAAACUAACAAACGAGUAGAACAGGAAAUCAAAGUGGCUAUAUUCACCCUCAUCAAUGAAAUCAAUAAAAAGGGAAAAUCUCUCUUACAGCAGCUUGAGAAUGUAACAAAGGAGAGACAGAUGAAGUUAAUACAACAGCAAAAUGACAUCACUGGUCUUUCGCGGCAGGUGAAGCAUGUGAUGAACUUUACCAAUUGGGCCAUUGCAAGUGGCAGCAGUACUGCUUUGCUUUACAGUAAACGGCUGAUAACGUUCCAGUUACGUCAUAUUUUAAAGGCACGUUGUGAUCCUGUCCCAGCUGCCAAUGGAGCAAUACGCUUCCAUUGUGAUCCUACGUUCUGGGCAAAGAAUGUCGUCAAUUUAGGUAACCUUGUUAUUGAAAACAAACCAACUCCUAGUUACACUCCUAAUGUAGUAGUUGGACAGGCUCCCCCAGGAACAAACCAUAUCAACAAAACUCCAGGACAAAUAAAUCUAGCGCAGCUUCGACUUCAGCAUAUGCAGCAGCAGGUGUAUGCACAAAAACAUCAGCAACUGCAGCAGAUGAGGAUGGGACAGCCGGCUGGGUCAGUUCCCAGACAAACGGGUCCUCAAAUAUUACAGCAGCAGCCUCCCAGGUUGAUCAGCAUGCAGACCAUGCAGAGGGGUAACAUGAACUGUGGGGCUUUCCAAGCACAUCAGAUGAGAAUGGCUCAGAAUGCUGCUCGUAUACCAGGAAUACCACGCCACAAUGGACCACAAUACUCCAUGAUGCAACCGCACCUCCAAAGACAACAUUCUAACCCUGGACAUGCGGGGCCUUUUCCAGUUGUUUCUGUGCACAACAACACUAUUAAUCCAACUAGUCCUACUACAGCAACAAUGGCAAAUGCAAACCGUGGUCCUACAAGUCCAUCUGUUACAGCAAUUGAACUCAUUCCUUCUGUAACAAACCCGGAGAAUUUACCUUCCCUGCCAGAUAUCCCACCCAUCCAGCUUGAAGAUGCUGGUUCAAGUAAUUUAGAUAACCUUCUAAGCAGAUAUAUUUCAGGCAGCCACCUACCCCCACAACCUACAAGUACCAUGAAUCCCUCCCCAGGACCUUCAGCACUAUCUCCAGGGUCAUCAGGUUUAUCCAACUCCCACACUCCUGUGAGGCCACCUAGUACUUCUAGCACAGGUAGCAGAGGAAGCUGUGGCUCCUCAGGCAGAACUGCUGAGAAAACUAGCAUGAACUUCAAGUCUGACCAAGUGAAAGUCAAGCAGGAGCCAGGGACAGAGGAAGAGAUAUGCAGUUUCUCAGGAACAGUGAAGCAGGAAAAAACAGAGGAUGGCAGAAGGAGUGCUUGCAUGCUUAGCAGUCCUGAGAGCAGCUUGACACCACCGCUGUCCACUAACUUGCAUCUGGAAAGUGAAUUGGAAGGCUUAGGAAGUCUUGAAAAUCAUGUAAAAACUGAACCAGCAGAAUUAAGUGAAAGUUGCAAACAGUCGGGACAUAGCCUUGUAAAUGGAAAAUCCCCCGUGCGAAGUCUAAUGCAUCGAUCAGCUAGAAUUGGAGAAGGCAAUAACAAAGAGGAUGAUCCAAAUGAGGACUGGUGUGCUGUAUGCCAAAAUGGAGGGGAUCUAUUAUGCUGUGAAAAGUGCCCAAAAGUGUUCCACCUGACUUGUCAUGUACCAACACUCCUCAGCUUUCCAAGUGGGGAGUGGAUAUGUACGUUCUGCAGAGAUCUAAGCAAACCAGAGGUAGAAUAUGACUGUGACAAUUCGCAACACAGUAAGAAGGGGAAAACAGCACAAGGCCUCAGUCCUGUGGACCAAAGGAAAUGUGAACGUCUCCUGCUUUACCUGUAUUGUCAUGAGCUGAGCAUUGAAUUUCAAGAGCCAGUCCCAGCCUCGAUACCAAACUACUAUAAAAUUAUAAAGAAACCAAUGGAUUUAUCUACAGUGAAAAAGAAACUGCAAAAGAAACAUUCUCAACAUUACCAAACUCCUGAGGAUUUUGUGGCAGAUGUCCGGUUGAUCUUCAAGAACUGUGAAAGGUUUAAUGAAAUGAUGAAAGUUGUUCAAGUUUAUGCAGAAACACAAGAGAUUAAUUUGAAGGCUGAUUCAGAAGUAGCACAGGCAGGGAAGGCAGUUGCGUUAUACUUUGAAGAUAAACUUACAGAGAUCUACCCAGACAGGACCUUCCAGCCUUUGCCUGAAUUUGAGCAGGAAGAGGAUGAUGGUGAAAUAACUGAGGACUCCGAUGAAGAUUUUAUACAGCCACGUAGAAAACGUCUAAAAUCAGAUGAGAGACCAGUGCAUAUAAAGUAAUCUAAUGAUAUGGACCUAACUUUAUUGUAAAAACUGUUAUUUAAAUGUUCCUGGAAUAUUAUCAUGCCUACAGUGGCCAUCUUGAGGAAGCUGAUAGCUUUUUAAACAGUAUUAGAUGACAAAAAACACUUGUACAGAAAAGGAUUCUCAUCAAAAGGGGAAAAAAAUGUAUUGUAAAUUUUUUGUUCUCGAUUAUUUGACAUUUCCUUUUCUUUUCCUGAUGGGGGGGAGGGGCAUACUCAUUCUGGUCUCACAGAAAAGAGGUGAAUGAUGUUGAAGAGAAGCAGAUUUGAAAAGAGGUGCUCCUUGUACAGAUAAGACUGUCAUACUGCUUAGUAAGAUGUUCUGCAAGACUGGACCAAUACAGUUACUGUAUCUUGCUUUCAUGCUGGACUGCAGUGUAAACUGUAAAAAAUGUUCCUAAAAUCCCCUUUUUGUGUGAAUUUAAGUGUGUGUUGGGCCAUUGGUUUUAUCAUCUCAUUUAAGUGAUAUUGUGAGUAACUGAUCUUCUGUGUUGAUGCAAGUAUCUAAACUUGACUUUCUUUACAACUUUUUAUGUAUAGAAAAAAAAUCAUUAAACUGUUCUGAAUUGGCAAGUGCAGGAGUGUGAGUUCUUGGCAGAUGCAGGACUAAACUGGUUGCAACUGUUGCUUUUUAGUAGGGCUAAGUAUAUUUAUUAAGAAUCCUGUACACAGAACAUUUUAAUGGAGUUCAUGACAGAAUUCUUGGCAUUGUAUCAUCUGUCCCCGAUCCCCCUAAUGAGGCAGAAUGUUAUCUCCAGUAUUCAUUAUCCAAUUUUCUGUACUUAAAAUAUAGACUGAAGAGGUAAUACCUGGUUGGUUUUUUUUCCAGUCUUCCUAAAUAUCAGUUUCUAAUAGACCACUUGGCAAACAAUAACGUAUUGACUACCAAAUGUGUAAAAUUUCCUGUAUUCACUUUGUCUUAUUUGUAAAUAGUGAACUGAGAUUUCUUGCAGAUCAGCAACAUUUGCUGAACUGUUUUUAAGCUAAUAUGUAUUCUUAUUAAUUGUUCCUAUCAAGAAAAGAUUUGUAAUAUAUGCUGUCUAUUUCUAACAUUGCAUUCAUAUUGAGGUUCUAUCUUAUUUUUAUUAGAGUACUAUUCAGAACUUUCUUCAGAAGCAGCUCAUGAGUGAAAUGUCUAGAAAGAUUGGAAUAAACCUGUUAGGAUUAGGUUAUUUACUCAUCCAUAAAAUGAAGCACUUGCACAGACCUGGAUUUGGAGUUGAGUGGUUUCUGGUCAAAUACUGAAAACAACAAUUUUCCUAUUCCUCUAAACCCUGCAGCAGGCAUUUCUGCAGUGCCUUCCCGUUGCACGCUGCCGUCGUUGCAGCAUUUCUGGUUAGAAAUGAGGUCGUGGCAAAGUAAUUAUGCUUUGAGCAGUUAUUUUUUCCUUUACUGAACUGAAGUCAAUACUAGAAACAAGAAAUGUAAUUUCUAACUUUCAUGUAGAUCUUGUUAAAGUAAGAUGAAGAAAUCCUGUGUAAUCAGAUGAGGUCAAGUUGACAGAUUGUAAAUUUGCCAUAAAAUUUUAUGUGAAUACAGCAGUUCUGUGGUAAAUCACUGGGGGUUUAAUAUAUCCAGCAUGAGCAAUUCCUGUGGCUGUUCAUUGGUAUGUACUUUACCAUAAUGGUAAAGAUAAAUAUUUUUAGCACAAUGUAUCAAAUUGAGAAAUGCUCUGAGAAAUUUUUAUGCAAAUCACGAUUUGAUUUCUUUUUAUAUAGAGCAAAGUAUAUAUACAUUGUGACUAUACCUCUCACAGUAAACAAGGGGACUGAAGGUAUUCAUAACUUCAAGCUCACUUCUUUAUCUUAUGCAGAUAUUACACUUGACUCAAACUGAUUUUUUUGUUGUCGUUCGGAUAUUAAGAGCGCCUAUUUAAAUUUAGUUUUUACCAGUUUGUGAAAGGAAAAGUCAUCCUACUUAAACAUACAUAUAUUAAGUUGACACACAGCAAAAACUUUGCCAGUAGAAAAGGGUGAAAUGUAUGAAUAGGACACUAAUAAUAACAAGGGAUCAUUUAAUGGCUCAGUGUAUUGCCUAUUUAUGCAUUUCUAGUUUCUCAGCUUCUUUUUGCAAAGGAAUAUUAUUAAAAUUACAAUAAAAAUAAGAUUCUGUGAAUUCUCUUCAAUUGGGGUUACUAUUUUUAUGGCACUUAAGCACUCUAGGUUCUGUAGCUGCAGGUCUCAACUUUUUAACUGUUCGCUUUGUGAGGCUCUAGUCGUUGCUUAAAGUAUUGCAGGUACCUCCUGCCUGAACGGGAGCUCAGGACAAGUGUGGUGGCAUCCCAGGUUGGGUCCUGCAGCAGGGAAGGGAUCGUGGCACAAAGCCGCGGUUCGGGGGAGCGCGUGCUCCCGGGCUGCUGCGAGCACUGUAGCGUCUCUUUUCCUCCCAGACCCCAGGUACCAGACAAGAUUUGUCUAACUUUGUAGUCUUGCCAGGUGUAGCCUGUAUUCCACUAGUUCACUUGCAAACCACAAGUAAUGUUAAGCUUUGAUCUUGAUUAGAGUUCAAGCUUUACUCUUGCACGUAACCCAGUGAACUUCCAAAACUGAUCCUUCUAUUCAGCUCAUCGGGGUUCAGUGGUGUAAUUUAUGUGGAGUUUUGAACUGUGUGCAAGAAAUCUUAAGUGUUUCUUUUAUAUAAAAGAAAUGAAAGAACAUUCUCAUUUUUGUUCUCCAUUUUGGAACUCCAAAUACAGUAAUUGAAUGAUCGUUUGGAACUAGCUAGGGUCUGUUCACAAAGAUUCAGAAGGAUAGGUGAGCUCUGUUGAUACAUUUCCCAAUCCCAUAGUCUGUAAAAAUUCGUCAUAGAACUGGUCAGCGUUUGCUCAACCAAAACAGCUUUUGGGGGCCGCGUUGUAUGUAACUUGGUCAAGAGCAAACGCGUGGGUUAUGCAUUAACAGGCCCCUGGGUUAGUCUCGCAUCUUCUCCUUGCUGGGUGAUGCACGUGUGGUGUGCGCAGGUGACGGUGUGUGUUACCGUGGGAGUUAGAACAUGGCUUACGUUAAGAAUGAAACUUUGGCAGAUAAAAGACGUGGUGGAUGCAGGCUGCGUGCCAGCUGGUCUGUCUGCAUGACUGCAGUUCUCUGACACGACAGCAAGAAGAUAGUCUGGCACUUGAUGUAACUAUAUGCUCUAACUUAAGAUGCUUUUGUAAAAAGAUCAUUCAUGUCUCAAUUUUUGUUGUAAAUGACCCUGAGGUUUAAGUUAAUCCAAAGAAGUAAAAGGCAACUUGCUUUGAAAUAGGAGUGAAAAGUGUACAGUGUGCUACUUGUGGACUUCUCAAUUACCUCAGCAGGUAUCCUGCCAUGUAAUUACUAGUGAUUAGUGCUAAUUUAACCAGCUAAAUAGGUUCAGGUCUUUUGUUUAACUGUGCCCUGGAAUUAAGUGGCCUACAGUAUAAUAUGGCUGAGUUACUAUCCAAGAAAAAGGGUGUUCCCCAAACUUUUGAGAGUAGAAAUGUGCUAUUAAGUGUGGAUAACUUGUUUCUUGUGAAAUGUCACCAUUGCUGUUACUUGUGACAUUUGACUGUGUCAGCAUAUUCAACACUGGAUCAAUGAAAUGUUUUAUAAACAUUUCUGCAAGCCACUAGAACAGAAGUCUUUAAAAUUAGCUCAAAUUUACCAUUCUGUUGUAUAGCCUAGUUUAUUGGCUGACCCUCUCUAAGCUUAGGUAAUGGCAACAGUGUUUUGAAGCUGUGUGUAUGAUGUACUGGGAGUAGGCUUUUUCUUGUUUUUCUUAUUCUCUUCCUUGGAAAAAGCAAUAAAACUGCUUUGUCUGUUGCCUAUUAGCAUGACAGGAAUCCUUUCCUUUGGAUAGUGAUUUUAUAGGAAAGUUUGUAUGCAUAUCACCAAGUCUAGCUUUUAAAAAUAAAGUGUGCAGGAGUUAUUGAUGAUAUAGUGUGGCAUUUUAUUUUAAAAAUUGGGGAAAGUUACAUAUUUUUUUAAAAAGUAGGUGUUUGAGUAAAUAAUGGAGGUACUUUUUUAAAAAAAAUUUAUAUGCCACAGUUUACAUAGACAUAUUUCAGACUGAACAUAUGCAUUGUAUCUUCAGAUAUGGUGAUUUCUUUUAUUUUCUCAAAAUGCAUGUACAGUAACUCUUCCAUCUAGUUCCUGUGUUUGUCUAUGGGGAUUCUACUUUAUAUGCUUUCUAAUGUAUCUAAAUUGGUUUUCAAAAAUGGCAGUUAAUUUGGGUAUCUUUAUUAUAAAUGAACUAUUAAAUGUAUGAAAUGCAGUUUUGGCCUUUUCUAUUGAGUGAUCUUACAGCUUAAGGCUACUUUCUUUAGAAUUCAUUGAAUUUGUACAAGGCAAGGUACUAGAACAGUUUUCCAAGUUUGACUUGUUGCAGCAUUCACUCUAGAGUGUGAGCUACGUUUCAAAAAACAGAAUAGAGACUGCAAGUCUGCUAAUGGCCUGCAAAUGGGGGUAUUUCUUAGGUUCAGAACACCAUGAAAUAUGUAUAUAAGCCUAUGAAGAUUUGUGCAGUUGAAAGCCUGUUUUACAUGUAAACAUACUCAUGGAAGGGUUAAGUUCAUGGCAUUCUUUGAUUAUUUCUUGCUUCCAGUAAUUAAACUGGUACUUUUUUGCACAUAGUAAACUUUGCUCAUCUUUUAAUAUGAUUCUUCAAAAAAAGUGCUGUUUCUGUGGUAUUGUAUUAUCUGAAUAAUCAUAUUUAACUUUUUUUUUUUUUAAACAAGGUUACAGUUUCUAAUUGUUCUGUUCCUGUGUUUUUGCUGGUGUGUAAUAAAAAAGUUUUUUCUUUCCAAUGGUUAUUUAAUACAUUAGCUGCCUGUAAAUAUUUCUUGUUAAAUACUCUGGAAUGUGGUGUAGAAGUUGUACUAGAUCAGUUUAAAACAUUGUUUGAAAACCAUUUUGUUUCGGUUAUUUCUAUUAAAUUAGAAAAAUGAAGAA